AUGGUGACUGUGCAAAAGAGGGGAAGGGACAUCACAAAACCUGCUGCAGUUUUCGACUACAACAAAGGGAAAUCUUUUAUAGAUUUGAGUGACCAGAUGGCAGCCUAUUCUGGGUGCCUUAGACGGGGUGUCAAAUGGUAUAGGAAGGUAGCAUUCAAUCUGAUGUUGAGCACUGCCAUAGUGAAUGCCUUCUCUGUAUAUAAAACAGUGACUGGUAAUGUUCUUUCAAUCACUGAUUUCAAAGAGUUCAUUAUCAACAGCUGGUUGGAUGCAUCUCAAAUCUUGCCGCAAGAAGCUGAGCCACCAUCCACUGCAAGUAUUGUUACCAAAAAUUGA